AUGUCAAACUAUUACAAACUUCGUCUUAUACAUCUUCACAAUGUCAAACUAUUACAAACUUCAUCUUAUACAUCUUCACAAUGUCAAGCUAUUACAAACUUCGUCUUAUACAUCUUCACAAUGUCAAGCUAUUACAAACUUCAUCUUAUACAUCUUCACAAUGUCAAGCUAUUACAAACUUCAUCUUAUACAUCUUCACAAUGUCAAGCUAUUACAAACUUCGUCUUAUACAUCUUCACAAUGUCAAGCUAUUACAAACUUCAUCUUAUACAUCUUCACAAUGUCAAGCUAUUACAAACUUCAUCUUAUACAUCUUCACAAUGUCGAGCUAUUACAAACUUCGUCUUAUACAUCUUCGCAUUGUCAAGCUAUUACGAACUUCAUCUAAUACAUCUUCACAGUGUCAAGCUAUUACAAACUUCAUCUUAUACAUCUUCACAAUGUCGAGCUAUUACAAACUUCGUCUUAUACAUCUUCACAAUGUCG